CUUGUUACAGGUGUAAGUUAUGAUAGAAAGAAAAUUUUAAAAAAGUGUAAGACAAAUAUCUCAAAACAAACGUACAAACAAACAAAAAAACCCACGUUGUUGUCCACCGUAGUGUUACAGCUAGCUGAUGGUGUCGGUUGUGGUUUUACGUCCUCCUGGCUUGAGUCAGUGGUCAUGUCGAUGAAGCUUACUAAACAAGGCUUCCACAGAGACCUUGUUUAUGAGGUUCGACAUGAGCCUACAUCACAUCCUGUCAAGACUCUGCUUCUUCACAGAUUGCCUAAUGGAGUUUACAUGGAUCAGUAUCAGCUUGCAGAUCUGAGGGAGGAAAUGGGAUUACAGGUGCUUCUUGAUUCAGCUUUAGAUCUCGAGGCCCCGGCCCACGUUUCUUCUGCUUUCUCUGCACUGGUAUUUCUCAGUCCUCCUGAGCCUCUACAGGCAGCAGUUCCUGUCCAUGGCCGGUACCACAAGGCAUCCAGUUCAGGAGGAUGGGAACGAGUAGUCAUCGAACCACCAAGACUACUGCUUCGUUCAGAACACUGUGACACUGUAAACCCUGGAAUACCUCACAGAGUGGUUGAUGCUCCUUGCACAGUUCAGAACCAGACUUUGUGCUCAUGGCUGGAGGUCCAUGGAUUACAGGUGCCAAGUGUGAGCGUCAAGCUUCCAGUGGGUGAUUCCUCUCUGAUCAUCCCAGUGUGUGCUGUAACAACACUGGUGUCUCUGCUGUGUAGUGCUUUUCUCUUCAGGGCUGUCUGGAAACAUGGCAUCUUCUGAAACUGAAACUCUAAUAGUCAGAAGUGAAAAGGUGUCAUUUUCGCCUGUGCACCUGUACAGUUACAAGCCUAGGUUCAACAUAAAGGAGCACUGUUUGUGGGAAAGACUUUUUACCCUCCUGGAUUUAAGAGAAUAUUAUUUAUGUUCAAUAAGUAUUCUAUAUCCUUCUGUUCUUCUGUCUGACCUGUAUAUGUUGUAUUUUUUUCAUUAAAAUGUUCCACUACCUAA